AUGGGCGACCUGCAAAAAUUCGUCCGUCAGCAUUUCUUUGAUAAUCACUGGGCAAGAGAUGUUGACCCAUCGACACUUACUUUGGAGAAAUUACGACUAAUUGACUCUGCUUUUUGCCACAUUGAUGUUAAGUCCAAAUUGUGCAUUCUCCUUUCCUUUUGCAAUUGGAAAUGCGAUUCUUCUCCCGAACUUAACAAACACAUUGAAAGCAUCUUUCUGCAAGCACUUGAUGAGGAGAAUAAUUUAGUGAAAGCCGUUGCAACGAUCUUACAUAGCAAGCAGUCGUUGAACUAUCUCAAUUUUGACAUCUCACCAACAAACGAAGCAUUUAAGAAGAACAUUGAGAAACUUUUGAAAUCAUCACACGACUGGAAGGUAGUCGAGACUCCACUCCUGGCCGAGUGUUUAGGCGACAAUGUAUUAUCUUCCGUAAAAAAGUCAACUCUACCACGAUGCUCAAGCGUCAUCGAACGAGUGUCCUCCGCUGAAACUACCUCUUCUCAUCGUCCACUCGGAUUUCGGUGUCGCGGAAAACCGCAAUCAUUAGCGUUAAAAGAUUCAUAUUUGGAGCGCUUGAGGGAUGAAUGUCAGCGUCGACGUGUUCAUGUCCCCAUACCUGGUCGUAGUUUCGCCCGUUCCGAAGAAGCGGAUGAUCCGCACGAUGUAGACCGGGCUCUGUUCCUGGCAAAUCAAUCGAACAAGAACCUCCGCGGUGGUGUCUCAAGUAAUGUACGUAAGAUCAGUUCAGAGUUACGGAAUCAUUUUGCAAAUCGAACUCAAAACUCUACUUGGUCUCGGCCCACUGGCAAAAUGCUUGAACGACCCGGAGAAAAUCGCACACCGAACGUUUCUGAGCGACUCGUGAAUCGAUCACCUGCCACUGCGAACGGUAGAAAAUCGGGAAUAAAGCUUCUAAACUUUGACGAAUUACCUGCAUUCGGUCCAAAGGCUAAACAACUCAGAAAAGAACAAAUGGAGAAAGAGCGUGAACUGAAGCGUCAUGAACGUGAGGAACGUUUCAAGGAGCAGAAGGCCGCUCGUGAGGCUGCCAAGUUAGCCCGGCAAACCGAAAGACAGGCUUUACUAGAGUCACGUCGUCAACCAGUAUCAUCGACGUGGGCUAGCAUGCUCCCUGCCGAUUUGGACGAGAGCUUUAUUUCCCCAGACCGUUCGACUGCUGCUGCUGCUGCUGCUGCAGUCGAUGAGACUAAAACACAUGCGAUGCCAUUGCGAUACCCAUUCUCUUCUGGAUCCUCAGCUACCGUUCCCUCCGCAUGCUCCGCAACUUACGUCACUUCACACCAACAUGUCGGAGGCAACUUUAUCAAUCGUCACCCUCUUUUAUCGAUGUCUUCCAGUGUGGAUGUCGUCCAAGGGGUCGCAGAUGAUGAUGACGAAGACGAUGACGACACCGAUGAAUUAAUGAUGCCAGAGCUGAACGCUAGUACCUAUAAACUUGGCAUAUCAUCUGGUUUUCGGCCGUUCAAUCCGAAUCCAAAACUCGGCCCACAACAGCCAUAUUCUCUUAACUCUAGUGUUCAAUCCUCUCUUCACCCAUCCUCUGGGACGCAGUCCGCUCCGUCGAAUGCCGGCUACAUUUCGGCUAGUCCACAGACUUCUGUUUACACUCAGGAUACACCGGCACUAACUUCGGAAUCUUUCUAUUCGACCAACCUAUUUUCCAACACCCCAGCGUCCUCUGGAAUGCAGUUGUGCUUCUUGGCCCCCCGUGCCACGACCGCUCAUGCAUCUGGCACAGGCGUCGUCAAGAUAGUACCUGCACCGGGCUCCAAUUCCCUCAUACGCAUUUUACGCCCUGUUCAGCAGCCAGUGUCGGACAAUCUCCCUUCGCAGUCAGUCUCCUCUUCCGUUUUCACUUCUUCUGAUGGCUCUGCUGUGACUUCUAAUCUGCAUCCCUGUUUGAAUUACGCGCUUACUGCCAACAGCACCCAGGGCGCUGAAUCGCGCACUGAGGCUGUCCCGCAAAGGAUGAAUCCUCCACAAUCUAUGCCGGUGUUUGCGCGCAUCAUCUCCACCGCGAGAACUGGGCCUACCGUUUCAACACCUGCUGCUGGUCCGGUUCGUAUUGCUCCUCGACCCGCUAGAUUAAUACAGUUGGCCCCGACUACCCCUAACGUUGGUGCGACCACCCCAUCAUCGUUGAGUUCUUCGCAGACGCACACCAUCUCCGUUGUACAGUCAUCCCAAUCACAGCAGCAGAACCCACAGCAAUCGCAUUUGUGUGAACCUCUCUCCGGUGCAGAGUCCGCAAAUGCAACCUGGAUGUUAAAUGGUCGACAGGUUAUUUUGACUCCGAUGGUCGGUAUGGCCUCUGCUCCAGCUGCUGCAACUCCGGUCCCAAUGUCUGUAUCGUUUAGACCCACUCUUCAGUCCCCACCAAGUGCUAAUUUUGUGCAAAUAUUGCCUCGCCCAAUGGGCACUUCCAUUGGACCCGGCAGCUUGCAGACCUACAACAUCACAGGCGCAGAGACCACUCUGCUAUCUCAACCAGUGUCUGCACCAACUAGCCAGUCGGUCCUCAUCAGGUCCGAACCGAUGUUCGUAUCCAACACCUCUGUGGCCGCACAGCAACAGCGAAACUUGUUGUUCACUUCCCAAACUACCCAACCUACCAUAACCGCCACCAUGGGUCCGUCACUCCGUGCUGCUUCCACGUUGGUGUUGCCCAAUUCGUCGGACACUACGACUCUCUUAAGCCUACCUUCGGGAGUCAAAAUUCAGGAUGAUUUAUGCUUAACAGAAGCGCAGCUCAAUUCAGUACGAAAUUUGUUCCAAGGGGCUAAUCGUGUUUCUCGACCGGAAAAGGCCAUGAUUAUAUCAUUCAUAGCCGGUGCAAGAGGUAAUCCUAAUCCGGAAGCAGGGAAUACCGUACGUAUUCGUCUGAGCGAAUAUCGUGAAUGUGUACUGAAUCAGGCCACCGGCCAGCUUGUAGAUGUGGCCGCCGACACCUACCUACACAUGGACUAUUCAACUGGGACCACUACGGAAUCCAUCAAAGGCAGCUACUUCAACCAAAUCCUAUCUUCCAUAAAGAUAACCAAAAUUAGCAGUUUAGUAGGAUAUUUACAGAACGGAAUCGACCACACAUCGCACCCCUUGAUACAAUCUUGUCGGUUGAUCCAAAAUACACAUCGCGCUUCCGAUUAUGUACAUCUGCCUGCCAAAAGUUCCGUGCCAGAGGGCUUUAUUGGCCCACUGUGCAGAGCAGAAUACGAACAACUUCACGCACGAACCGAUAAACCAGAUCUACUCGCUGAGGCGAAAGCCGAGGCAAAUGAACAAAUCGAAUUUGAACGGACAGAUGAACGAGAAGCCACUCAAGCCGCUCGUGAGGCAUGGACACCAAAACAACCGCCGUACAUUGAUGCACAUUUCUCCACUUGGACCAUAUCGUCCAGAGUGAGCUUGAGUCAGUUAUAUCUUGGUGGUAAAAUGCCUCCGCCACCUACUGCAGCAUGGGGUCGACGAUUACAGCGGGACUACACUGCUGAUGAUUAUGAAGAAGAGAUGAAGUAUAUGCGAACGCGUGCUGAGAAUGAGAUCAAGUUUGACAUUGGCGAACUCUCACCCAUCCGCUACGCUAUCCAUGUUCAGGUGGCUUCCACCUACUCGGAGAGCCUAAUGGUAUCCUCUAUGGCAGAGGACUAUUACUGCAUCGCUGGGUAUGUCGGAUGGUGCGAUUUAUCCGAUCCAGGUCUUCCGGAUCAUCUUCAGCGCUUGAAUACUGAUCCACUCCUUGUCGGUUUACGAUACGAUAUAAGUGAUAUUGAUGGGGAGUAUUUACUGGAUCCAAUGGUAGAUAGCAAUCUUGCUGCUAUCGAACAUUUGGCCCUACCCUUCGACCUUGCUGUUGGACCCCACCAACUUCGCCACGCCUGUCAUUUGGCCUAUCGUCAUCCUCGAAUGAAACUUGUGCUCAAUCACUGCGGACUUCCAGUGGAAUAUACAGCCUCUCGGGCAGGAAGCAACUUGGCUCUGUCGAACUGGCGUUCCGACUUGGAAUUUCUCAGCCGGUAUCCGAACGUGCUUUGCAAGGUGACGGGCGCCACUGGAUGCAUAAGCAACUCGGAUACUGAUCAGUGGUGUGCCGUCUCCGCCCUGUCCCACGCCAUCGGCUGCUUUGGUCCGGAUCGAUGCAUUUUCGGAUCGGGUUGGCCCAUAUGUCGACUUUUCAGCCCUCAUCAGACUGGUUGGCCCGAACAAGGCAUGUUGGCUACCUCCGUGGAAGUUGGCGAAGUCGCAGGAGAGGUGGCAGCCAAACGAUCCCGUGGCUCAGUCCCAUUGUCCAUGCUGAAUUUGUGGGAGACAGCUCGUCUGGUCGAGUACUCCAUGGGUGAAGCUGGUUACGGUGCUGUGGAGGACAAGCACAAGGUGUUCUCCACAAAUGCUCAGUCUGUGUACAGUUUGACGAUUCGACCCUAUGGUUCCUGUCCGCUUCAGGUUCCACAAAUUCAUUGAACAAGACAUCACUUGUACAUCAAUAUAUGCCUUCAUGAAAAGCA